AAAUAUUUCCUUGUAUAAUAGCAAUGGCUGUUUUCAAAGCAUGAGAUUUUUCAUUUUAUUUUGGUGGAUGUGUUUACAUGUGAACGGUGACCAAUGUCACAGGACAAGAAAUGGCAAAAUGGAAUGGUUUUGUUGUAACAAUCACGAAGAAAAGAAUGGCAUCUGCACAGAAUGUGAUGUUGGAUACAAGGCUGUAGACGAUUUACCUUGCAAACCUUGCUCACCUGGAACAUGGGGGAGAAAAUGCAGAGGAAUCUGUUUAAUUGACUGUACCUCUAUUCAAAGAUGUGAUCGUGUGGUGGGAUGUGUAAACAGUACUGCGACAACAACGCAAGCGGAAGGAGUCACUGUUGACAGUUAUAGUACAAAAGUUUAUUUGUCUAUCCAGAAUAACACAUCACAAGUGGGGAGCAAAGGCAGUUUUAAUGGAGGUAUACUACCGCGAGAAAUGAUCAUAUAUACUGUUGGUGGUGGAUCGUUUGUCAUUGUGGUUACCAUUUGUACAAUGUGCCUGUGUUAUAAAGAGAGCAUUAAAGAUCGUUGUAUGAUGUAUAAUGUUGGUAACCAUAGUGACAAUCGAAACCAACAAGAUGAACAUUACUAUGACAGAGUUGACGAGGAUAACAUGCGUAAUACUCCCAUGGUAUUGAGAAAUGUCAACAGAAUUUCAAAGUCCUCUUCAGAAUCUGACAAUAUAGUUGACCUGGAAGAUGGUUAUCUUGAACCACACCAGCCGGUAGUCCGUGAUGACGGUUACAUUGAACCGAAUCAACCAGUUGUCCGUGAAUAUAAUGACACAAAUGUUAUUAAUGUGAUGUAUGAACAAAGAGAAAGAUUUUCCGAAAGUGGCAGUAAUACUUCACACAAAAGUGAGGAAUAUUUGAAUCCUUAUCAACCAGUAAUCGAAAAUUUAAAUACUCAUGAAUAUGAAACAAGACAUCAUCAUAGAAAUUCCUUUGAUUCUUUGGCAGAAAAUGAUAUUGGCUAUGAAACAUGAAAUAAAUCUGUAAAUCAUA